GACUGUCUGAGAAAGCUCGAACACUGAGCCUGAAUCUCAAAGCGAAGAAAAGUAAACUUCAGUGCGAGGAACAUCAGGAAGAACUGAAGCUGUUUUGUGAAACUGACAAGAAACUGAUCUGUUUUAUUUGCACAACUGCGGGGGAACACGAGUCUCACAGCUUAAUGUUGAUAGAAGAAGCAAUUGAAUUCUACAAGGAACAGUUGAAAUCUUCUUUCGAAUCUCUCACAGAAAAGGAAUCAGAGGUCCAGAAAAUGGAGCAGAAACAGAAAGAGAGCAUUUCUGGAGUUCAGGAAGAGUCACACAACCUUCAGUCACUGAUCACAUCCCAGUUUGCUGAACUGCACCAGAUUCUCACUGAGAAAGAGCAGCGCUUACUCGGAGGUGUCCGGGAAGAAGAGGAGAAGAUUGUAAAAACAAUGGAGAAAAAUCUUCAAGAGAUACAAGAGAAUUUAAAUUCCAUUCAGGUGGAACUCUCAAAGUUACGGGAACAGGCAAACCACAAGGAUGGAGUGAUAUUUCUUAAGAUAAAAUGCCCGGUCUUACUCGUAAGUUGCGUACUCGCAGUUAUUUUCAUCGACAUUCCUAAUGCUUUCCCCCUUAUUCGAUGUCUCUAUAACAAUAUCCACUUUCUGUCUGGGUGA